AUGGCAAGGGCCAAAGACACAAAGAUCGAACGUAGGGUUUACUUGUUGGAUGAGCAACAGGAACCCAUCACCGAGCUCAACACCAAGGGGGAAAUCUUUGUGUUUGUGCCGCAGGUGUCUCUAGGUUACCUGAACCGACCCUCAGAAACCGAGGAACGAUUUAUUCAUGUCGGCUCUGCCUUGCGUGGCCAAGAAGGAUCGCCUGUCCGACUGUAUCGGACGGGUGAUCUAGGAGAAUGGAGAGACAGGUCUGGCAGCCUCGACUAUGUUGGGCAAGCCGAUCAGCAGAUUAAACGGUCCGGGAAUCGAGUGGAACUCGGUGACAUUGAGCGCACGCUCGAGGCCCAUCCACAGGUGCAUUCAUGCGUGGUCAAGCAACAUCUCCGCAGCACCUCAGAUCUGUUAAUCGCGUAUAUUAUCCCGUCCUCGAGUAUGCGGAAGAACGAGCGCCAGCAGAUAAUCAGCUGGACAAAGGAGAGAUUGCCUCCCUACAUGGUCCCAGACCAGAUCAAGGAACUCGAGAAAUUUCCUCUGUCAACCAAUGGCCAAGUAGAUCGGAGUUUGUUUCAUCCAGAGACGCGCGAGAGACCCUCAAGUGACGUGCAUGGCAAUGGGACGGCCAAGAUUGGAGAGCAGUGGCUUCAAUCGAAGCUCCAGGAAUCCUUCGACCUCAUCGGUCAUAUCAUGCACCACGGGAUUUAUGGGUGUAUACCUGCUAAGUUGCCUUUUGCCAUGCCGACCAUCCGCAAAGUCGCGUGUUUCGCACGAGGCCAGGGUAAUUUGAGCGCAGGCUGUCGGAUCCAGAAGGCUCUUGAGCAAUUCGACCUCUGGGACGGCAGCCUGGGGAAGAUUCAGAAGAUCACCGUGCUGGAAGGUGGAUUGGGAAAUAACACGCUGGGCCUGGGAGAGGAUCAAUUCCAGUGGCUCGCCAACUGGGCCAGCGUUAUUUUCCAUCUGGGGGCACGCGUCAACUGGUGUGAGCUCUACGAAGGGCACUUCGGGGCCAAUGUGGUCGGCACUCGCAACAUCAUUCGACUGGCUGGACAAGGUCGACGGAAGGUGCUACAUUACGUCUCGGUUGAGACCUGGAAUGUGACCGGGUACAUGCACAAAACCAAGCGAGUCUUCGAGGAUGAGCCCCUCCAGCCAUACCUGGAUUCUUUGCCCUAUGGCAUCGGGUAUGCGCAAAGCCAAUGGGUUGCCAAUGAGAUGCUUCAUCGCGCGCGAGCACGAAGGCUGCCUGCAGCCAUUUAUCGACCCGGGUUUGUGAUUGGAGACCACCAGCGGGCUCUUAAAAAUCCGGACGACUUCUUUGCUCGGUUCAUUGUCGGAUGCACCCAAAGCGAGUGCUUCUUUUACCUGCCUGACCAGUGA